AUGGAUUAUGACAAAGAUAGGCGUAACCCGGAUAAUGGGAACAAUCAUGCUAUCCACGGACGGCCUGGCCGCCGCGACGUUGACGCUGCUGGAGCGCCUGUUUCAGCGGGCGCUUCGUCGAGGCGUGCACAUGUUUCCACCGAGCCCGUCGACGUGGCGGCGAGUGGCCAGAUGGGCUCCGAUUCAAUGGCAGCGGCGCAUAAGGGGCGUGUGGUCCAGAUGCCGACAGAGGGAAGAUUGAGUGUUUAUGCGGGCGGGCAUGGCGGGCAUGGCGAACAGCUGGCUAGUGUCAAGUGCCGGCACGAGGAUGGUGCUGGAGAUGGGCGAGGAUAG